UGUGUAUGUGUGUGUGUGUACCAGCGUGGACGGCUCUCUGGGGGUGUGUGUGAGCGCGCCGGGCGGCGCCAUCGCCGCAGUGCCCAACUGGACGCUGCGAGGGACCCAGCUGAUGAACGGCACCUCCAUGUCCUCUCCCAACGCCUGCGGUGGCAUCGCGCUCAUCCUGUCGGGACUGAAGUCCCUGGGAGUGCCCUACUCACCGCACUCGGUGCGACGGGCCCUGGAGAACUCAGCGGUGCGGCUGGGAGACAUCGAAGUCUUUGCUCAGGGCCACGGACUCAUCCAGGUGGACCGAGCGUUUGACCUGCUCGUGGCGAGUGCCGGCUCGCCCUGUGCCCUGCUGCGAUUCUCCGCGAGCGUCGGCUCUCUGCGUGGAGUUUACCUGCGGGAGGCCGAGCAGCUGGGCUCCGCUCACGAGUACGGAGUGUCCAUCGAGCCGACGUUCCCCGAGGGCACCGACAACGAAGUGAAGAUCGGCCUGCAGCUGCACCUGGCUCUGGCUUGUUCAGCGCCGUGGGCUCGCUGCCCAUCCCACCUGGAGCUGAUGAACCAGGCACGGCACGUGUCUCUGCAAGUCGACCCGCGGGGCCUACCUGAGGGCCUGCAUCACACAGAGCUCUGCGCCUACAACAUCGCCAGUCCCCAGAUGGGCCCGCUGGUUCGGUUCCCCAUCACGGUCAUCGUUCCCACUCGGGUGACACAGGAGAGUCAGUACGAGCGCCUGUGGAGUGGUGUCGUCUUCAAGCCGGGCCAGCUGCAGCGCCACUUCCUGGAGGUGCCACACGGCGCCACCUGGGCCGAGUUGUCCCUCUCGUCGCUGUCCGGUGACUGCACUUCGCGCUUCGUGCUGCACGCCGUGCAGCUGCGUCGCCUCCGCGCCUUCCGCUCACACGAGUUCUACCGCUGCUGCACACUGCCUAGCAGGGGCAGUGUGCUGGAACACUUCCCCGUGCUAGAGGGCCGCACGCUGGAGUUGUGUGUGGCGCGAUGGUGGGCGUCUCUGGGCCACGUGGAGGUGGACUACCGCCUCAGCUUCCACGGCCUGAGGCCCAGUCCCAGCGUCCUGCACAUGGUGGCAAGCGACGGUGUGAUGCGAGUGGACGUGGUGUCCCCUCUGCGGUAUGAGGAGCUGUCUCCUUCCGUGUCCCUCAAGAGCUGGGUCCAGCCCUUGAGGCCCGUGGAUCACAAAAUCCGCCCGCUGGGAGCGAGAGACGUGCUGCCUGGGAACAGACAACUCUACGAGUUACUUCUUACCUACAGUUUCCAUCAG